AAAAGUUUAUCAAUGGUCUGUGUAUAACUAGUGUGUCCAGCUUUGCUUACAGUUUAUCAAUGGGCACAACUUACACACCAAUUGCUUUGGGCACGAUCCUAUUCUUCCUCCUCUGGUUGUGCCACCCUUAUUUUUCCAUAGCAGACGUUAUCUACCGUCCGGUUGACCAUUUCACCGUAAACUGUGGCUCCACUAUAAACUUCACUCUCGAUGGUCGGAACUGGACUGGAGAUAGCAAUACGAAAUUCCUCUCCGAAAGUAAGGACUCAGUUGCUGUUCCAGCAGACACACAAUCAACAAUACAGGGCCCUUACACUUAUGCUCGUCUCUCUCACUCCCAAUUCACCUACUCCUUCCCUGUCACCACACAAGGCCCCUUCUUUCUUCGUCUCUUCUUCUACUCAACUUCAUACCAAAUGUUUGACCGCCCCAAAGCCAAUUUCUCAGUCCAAGCAAGCUCAUACACGCUCCUUCAACAUUUCAAUCCUUCCCUAUUUGCUGAAGCUGAUGACGACCCAACCCACUCUGACAUCUUGUUCAGAGAGUACUGCAUCUACCUCCAACAUGGUCAGAGGCUCAACAUAACCUUCACUCCAAGUACCACAGAGUCGUACGCUUUCAUAAAUGGAGUCGAGAUUGUUUCGAUGCCCUCUUAUUUAUACUACUCCAACCCUAAUUACACUGUUUCUGACGACUUCACUGGAUUGCCACAACUUGUUGGUCACAUGACUAAAGAAUAUUUCAUUACAAAUAAGUCUGCUCUAGAGACAAAGUACCGGUUGAACGUUGGAGGACCACAAAUCUCACCGUCAGAAGACACUGGCAUGUUCAGGAUCUGGGAUUCGGAUGAGAAAUACAUAUCUACUGAUAGUGGACAAUCAGUUGAUUUUAAGCAAAAAGCUAAUCUCAGCUUCAAUAAGACUCCUAACUACACGGCACCGGACCAAGUAUAUCGCACCGUAAGGAAUAUUGGAUCGAAUCCAUUUAAGAACCUCACAUGGCACCUUCCUGUUUAUUCUGGCUUCUUCUACUUGCUAAGGUUACACUUUUGUCAGCUUAACCCGUAUUUUAAAGAGCGCGGUGAUCAAAUAUUCUACAUCUUCAUUCAGGAUCAGUUGUCUGAAACAGGGGCAGACAUUCUCAAGUGGAGCGACAAGAUGGGUGUACCAGUGGUUAAAGACUACGCAGUUUACAUUCCGGGAAAUAAGGAAAAGGCAUAUCUUUCACUGGAAAUGCAUCCAAAUAACAUAUCCGUAUAUCAGGAUGCACAACUGAAUGCAAUUGAAGUCUUCAAAAUCAACGACACAACAGGUAGUCUCGCUGAAUCGAACCCAGACCCUCUUCCACAAACCCCCAAUAAGAAAAUCUCAAAGAAGAAAAAUAGCGGCACCAGAAGACCCCUAAUUGCCGCGGUCGCAGGUGCAGUUUCCGGUGUCGUUUUACUCUCCAUUAUAGUGGCUUUCUUCAUCAACAAACGCAAGCAGAACGUUUCCGUUUACAAAUACCAGAAAGAUGGAACUUCUCGCGGGGGUGGUUCAUCAUCGCUACCAACCAACCUCUGCCGUCACUUCUCAAUCGCAGAAAUCAGGACCGCCACAAACAACUUCGAUAAACUCUUUGUCGUUGGAGUGGGAGGCUUUGGCGACGUGUACAAAGGCUAUAUCGAUGACGGCCAAACACCUGUCGCUAUCAAAAGGCUCAAACCGGGUUCUGAGCAAGGUCUGAACGAGUUCAUGAAUGAGAUCCAAAUGCUCUCUCAACUUCGUCAUCUCCAUCUUGUUUCCCUCAUCGGUUACUGUUACGAGAGCAACGAGAUGAUCCUCGUUUACGAUUUCAUGGAUCGUGGAACCCUCCGUGAUCAUCUCUACGGAUCCGAUAAGCCUCCGCUUUCAUGGAAUCAAAGGCUUCGGAUAUGCAUAGGGGCCGCGCGAGGACUGCAUUAUCUGCAUACAGGUGCAAAACAGAUGAUCAUUCACCGUGACGUGAAGAGCACAAACAUCUUGUUGGAUGAAAAAUGGGUGGCGAAGGUUUCAGACUUCGGGUUAUCUCGAAUUGGGCCCACGGGUUCUUCAAUGACCCAUGUGAGCACAAAGGUGAAAGGCAGUGUUGGGUAUUUGGACCCGGAGUAUUACAAACGACAGCGUUUGACGGAGAAGUCGGACGUGUACUCGUAUGGGGUGGUGCUCUUGGAGGUAUUGUGCGGGAGGCAGCCUUUGCUCCGAACGGCGGAGAAGCAACAGGUGUCACUUGUGGAUUGGGCGAAGCAUCGGUAUGAGAAGGGGUUUCUGAGUGAGAUUGUGGAUCCAGCACUGAAGGGCCAGAUAGCACCUCACUGUUUGCGCAAAUUUGGUGAGGUUGCGUUGAGCUGUUUGCUUGAGGAUGGGAAUCAGCGACCUUCCAUGAACGUCGUGGUUGGAGUGUUGGAGUUUGUUAUGCAACUUCAGCUUCAGGACGGUGCGAAUGUCAAUGUCGUGUUGGAAAGUGGUGGGGAUUAUGAAGACAGUACUACUGAGGACAUGUUUAGCGGUAGCCAUAGUAGUAUGCAUGUUUCGAACUUCAGUAAUAGCAGUGGAUUGAACUCUACAAGCUACGCGAGUCAGGAAUCUGACAGGUUGAUCUCAGAGCUUGUUUUCUCUGAGAUUAAUGAUCCAAAGGGACGCUAAUUAAUCCACUUCAAUAUGCUGUUACUAGUAUUUAAUGAAGAUUAUUACUUUUUUAUUCAAAAUAUUUAGUGGUAUUAACUCUUUAUAUGCAUAA